AUGGAAGUGAGCAGCAGCAAGCACCCAGAGGAUCUUGAAGCAGAACUAGAUUCGAUAGAUUUGAGCAGCAAGCCUCCCGAGGAUCUUGAAGAAAAAUUAGGGCCUAAGGAAGUGAGCAACAAAACCCCAGAGGAUGUUGAAGCAAAACUAGGGAGAAAAGAACCUAAGGAAGUGAGCGGAAAAUCCCCAGAAGAUCAUGAAGUAGAACUAAGGCCAAAGGAAGUGAGCAGCAAACCCCCUGAAGAUCUUGAAGCAAAACUUGGACCAAAGGAAGUGAAUAGCAAACCACUCGAGGAUGUUGAAACAAAACUAGUGCCAAAAGAAGUAAGCAGCAACAAAUCCAGAGAGGAUCUUGAAAUAAAUCUAGGGCCAAGGGAAGUGAGCAGCAAACACUUAGAGGAUCUUCAAGCAAAACUUGGCCCAAAGGAAGUGAGCAGCAAGUCCCCAGAGGAUCUUGAAGCAAAACUUAGGCCAAAGGAAGUGAGCAGCAAAUCCCCAGAGGAUCUUGAAACAAAACCCGGGCCAAAUGAAGUAGGCAGCAAACCCAUAGAGGGUCUUGAAACAAAAGUAGUGCCAGACAAAACGAGCAGCAAACUCUCAGAGGAUCUUGAAGCAAAACUUGGGCCAAAGGAAGUGAGCAGCAAAUCCCCAGAGGAUGUUGAAACAAAACUAGGGCCAAAAGAAGCAGGCAGCAAACCCCUAGAAGGGCUUGAAACAAAAGUAGGGCCAGACAAAACGAGCACAAACUCUCAGAGGAUCUUGAAGCAAAAUUUGGGCCAAAUGAAGUGA